CUCAAAAUGCCCGCAACCAGCCAGCCGUGAGUUGCUCUUCUCUCACUUCUGGUGUUCGCGGGAUCAUUCACCCGCCCUGUCUCGCCCCUCGCCUCACUCAGCAGAGCAUGGAGUGAUGUGUGGUAUUGGCCAAGGCCCCCAAACCCCCUUUGGGAUCUCACAUGCCGAUUAACCCCAUACAGCGCACGCAUACGCAGAUACAUACACGCAUCGUUGAGAUUACACGUACUGCUGGUGCUGGUGCUGGUGCUGAUGCCGCCGCCGCUCUAUUUCCCUAUGCAUCGAUGCCAAUGCCGUACCCAGACCAUCAUGGCAUUGCAUCAGUUACCCACCAGGUUUACCCACACACAAACCGGCUGCAUCUGCACGCGCAUACAAACUACCCAACAUGCCUGCACGCUCUUCUCUUUCUCUCGCAUUCUCGUCCUCGCUCUCUUUGCAUGUGCUGCCCCUUCCCCUCUCUCUCGCACCCGCCGUCAGCUGCCGUCCGUCGCCGUUCAUCUGCCCCCCUCGGCCCUCUCCUGCUCGCCUGCAUCGCAUCCCUCCGCACAUCAAGCUGGAGAGCCUCGCCCGCUGGACACCGAAGAUGCGCGCACUGCAAGACGGCCGUCGCCUCGGGCAGCGACAGCGCUGCGAACGGCGCAGGUGCUGCUAGGUGCCCGAUACAUGUACCUUGCCUGCCACUCGCUGGUACUUGGGUACAUGCCACCACUGCCUCCAUCCGCACCCCCCCGUCUCGCUCUUAUUGUUUUGCUUUUUCGCCCUUCCGGCGCCCACCAGAAAGCAGCCCAUACGAGCAACCAGCACAGGUACCGGCUGGGUACUCGUACACCCACGGCCCCAGUGCAUGGAUGGGCCUGGGACGCACACUAAAGUCGCUAUCCCACCGCCCAUUCGCCGUUGGGCCUAGCGCCCCGGGCCCUCUGUCGCCUGCUGAGAUGCGUGCCGCCCUCAGCAAAGUUGCAGCACAGCACGCACAGCACUAACGCCAGACACUAACAGCGUGCUCGACGGCUCUAGUGCCGGACUGGAACCCCCUCAGACGUCCAGAGCACUUGGCCGCUGGCCCCGGAAUCUCGACGCCGGAUUGGCCUGCGCCGCUGCGGCUGGGCUGGGCUUGGACGCUGGCGACGCUGCAUGAUUGGAC